AUGUUUCGUCUACUCAUCCCUACUUCCAAGGUUGCUACUAGUACACCUGCUUUACCUCCUGCACCGCCACCUGUGGUACCACGACACUCCCUGCUUCCCACUCACCAGCGACUAAUAAAUUAUACACCCAGUGCGCCAAUCCUUCCUGCUGCCAAUCACCCGGCGGAUAUCACUCGGCCUGACCUUAUACUGGCGUUACACGCAAGAAGUUUGAAAAGCCCAAUGAGGCAGAUUAGCGAGAACAUGCAAAAGUUCCGUGAAACAGCUGGAUUGAUUCGCCACACUAAUGAGCGUGCGGCGAGUGCGACUGCCGACCAUAAGAACCUGGUCACGGUCCGUGGCAAGGUACGACAGCGCAAUUCAUUCGAGAUCCAUCCGGCACAUCUUGUGAUCCUUCAACCACUCCCAACCACUCCUCGUGAUUCCAUGGAUGAUUAUAAGGAUCACGGUGGUAUCAAACCAAGAGUGGACCUGAUGCUCGCUCUCACAGUCCCUUUCCUGAGCCGGUAUCAGAAACUUACCUCCUACGAAUGGUGA